UGUUUGUACAUAACCAGUUAUUGUGUGUAGAGCGUCAUGCCUGAUUGAGCAGGCCCUGUGUGUGCUUAGUUAAUGGUUACUAAGAACUCAUUUGCCUGUUUUCAAUACAUGUGAUCCAUAAGCUGGGACAACAGGACUGAUUUUUUUUCUUCGGGUUAAUUUUUUUUCUUUUCGAAUCAGGCUUUGGGAUUUUUUAAAGCAUAUCAUUCAGUGGGAAGGAAUCUUUAAGCUAAACAACAGAAUAGUAUUGAAUUAUUUUUUUGGUUGGAUUUUCAAAGAUAUAUUAAUAAUUUUAGGUUCAAGGCACAGUAAGUGAAGGGAUGUGCAAACUUAUAAAGUGAGAGAUAUUUUGUUUAAAAUCCACAUUCCACAAUGGUGUGUGAUAUCAAGACUUUUGCCAACAGGCAAGGUUCCUUCCUAAUCCCAGUGCUAUUAAUUAUUUCGUUAUUCAAUGGGAUUAAUUCACAAACUAGUCCUGGUAACCCAACUAUUGUCGGUGACUUUGAAAAAAAUGAAGGAGAAACAGCAACACUGAGCUGUACAGCUGUGGGGGGUAAUCCUCUCCCAUUGGUGGAAUGGUACAAGAACAAUCAACUGGUGGAUCCAGGAAGCAGUAGUACUGGAAAUGGUGAUGGAGUGUACACAAUUGGAUCCACCUCUGUUACUUACAACAACUACACAUUUGUCGUGUCAAGAUCAGACAACUUGGUCUCCUAUAUCUGUAGGGUGAAAAACUCUGUAAUAGCCAACAAUCUUACCCGCUCAUGGACAAUUAGUGUUUAUGUGCAAACACAGCAACCCAUCAUCACUGGUCCAGAGCCUGCAAUCACCAAUGCACUUGAUGCUGGCUCUACUUAUAAAUAUGUCUGUACAGCAAGUAAUGGUCGACCUGCCCCCCAAAUUAUCUGGAAACUUGGAACCUCUUUGUCAACUGCAGUAGAAUUUCAUCAAGGAAUCUCGGAGAGCACCAGCACAAAUGCUGAUAGUACUCUGAGCAAGACUAGCAACUUGAGCUGGGUUCCCAUCACUGAUGACAAUGGAAAGAAUCUCUACUGUGAGACCGUACAAACCAUAGCUGGUGGGAGCUCCACCAGAAAAUCCAGUUUUGUACCAAUUAAUGUACAGCAAACCCCCCUCCUUCAGGUUGGCAGUGCAUCUUACACUACUCAGGUUGGGGGAUCAGUGACCCUGGCCUGCACUGUCCUGACAGCGACCCCAGCUAUCACUGAAGUCUACUGGUCAAGACUCAUUAAUGGGGCCUAUAAUAGGAUCAGUAUUGAUAACGUUCGAUUUUUCGGAUCCACAACUAGCAAUGCUAAUUUGACCAUUACUAGUGUGGCUCUAAGUGAUGCAACAAGUUACAGAUGCUCAGCAACAAAUGCAGCAGGAACGGGCACCAGCUCAGCAACCACACUCUCCGUAACAGGAACUUUGCCAACAGUCCAAGUUGGAUCAUCUGCCUAUACAGGCAUUGGUGGAGGAUCUGUUACCCUUGUCUGUUCCAUCAUCAGCUCCAAUCCCACAGCAACCGCUGUCAUCUGGGAGAAGGACAUUAACGGAAACCCCACCAAUGUCCAGAACUUCAUGGGGGGACGCAUCUCUGGGGGGACAGUCAGUCAGCCGUCCCUCACGAUAUCAUCCCUGACAGGGAGUGACACAGGAACCUACUACUGCUCAGCUAGAAAUAGUGUGGGCACCGGGUCACGAUCUGCCACUUCUCUAACUGUACAAAAUCGUCCAAACAUCACCUUGCCUCAAUCCACUUAUAACAUCAAUUAUGGACAAGAUGUCACCUUAGUAUGCAAUGUGAUCUCUGACACGACCUUGACCUCUGUAGUAUGGAGGAAGUACAAUAAUAGUGUACCCGUUAAUAUGGUGGUUACUGGGUUAUCACGUUACAGUGGGGGCACUACUCAGACCCCAAGUCUUACCAUUAGAACACUUGUGUUCUCUGACUCGGGGAAUUACGAUUGUUCUGCCACCAAUUCUGCAGGAACUAGUGUCAGUGGUCAGAUAACUCUUAAUGUUAGAGGAACUGUUCCUAGCGUAAAUAUUCCACAGCCUAGUUACAGUGUAACGUACGGAGGUUCUGUUACUCUCCAGUGUAAUGUAAGCUCCAAUCCAUUCCAACGUGAAGUGGAAUGGCAGCGCAUCUCUAAUGGGGUUUCCACCACCAUCAAUGUGGCUUCAGAACCGCGAUACAGUGGUAGUUCUCCAAACACACCUUCACUGACCAUAACAGGGGCCAUCAGUGGUGAUGCAGGGGUAUAUGUGUGCUCUGCCACAAAUGAUGCAGGGAAGGGCGUGAGUGGGCAGACAGUAUUAAAUGUAAUAGGAAAUGUGCCAAGUAUAACUGUCACUCAGACGUCCUACAAUGUUUUUGUUGGGUCCAAUGUGACCUUGGCCUGCAGUGUGUCGGGGAACCCACCCGUGACCAAUGUUUUUUGGACCGUGACCAGGAAUGGCAUUACUCAGAAUGUUUUGACUUCUGGAGGAAGUCGCUUUAGUAAUGGAAAUAUCAACAUUCCAUCUUUGACCUUGACUAAUGCUCAGCAGGGUGACUCUGGCGUGUUCAUCUGCAAGGCACAGAACUCUGCUGGAACAUCAGAUGGCUCUGGUAUUACCCUCACCGUGUCUGGAACUGUUCCCAGUGUUUCUGUGGCACAAUCUAUUUACAGUGUGAUUACCAAUGGAGACGUAACCAUGACUUGUUCUGUGUCAGCCAAUCCAGCAGCUACAAUUACAUGGAUCUUCACAGCAAAUUCUGGUGGAACAACAACAAUCUCUUCAUCAUCAUCUAAAUACACCUACUCUUCUUCUACUACGUCCUCCUCACUGACGGUCAGGACGGCGAACAGCAAUGACCAGGGAAGCUAUGUCUGUUCAGCUUCCAAUGCAGUGGGAACCAGACAAGCCACAGCUACACUGACUGUCACAGGAAGUUACCCCUCUGUAAACAUGCAGUCCACAUACUCAGUUAUAACAGGAAGUAGUAUAAAUAUGAUAUGCUCGGUGUCGGCCAAUCCCGCCGUCACCUCCAUUACAUGGCAGUUCCAGUCAGCUUCCAGUAAUUCCUUUGUUUCCAUCUCAUCUUCAUCAAAAUACGGCAUCAGUGGUACCUCUGGAACUUCUUCUACUUUGACUGUGAGGAAUUCAGCCAGUUCUGAUCAAGGUGUAUACAGGUGUCAGGCCACCAAUCAAGUGGGAACCAGAUCUGCCAACACAACACUCACUGUGUCAGGAAGUUUGCCCUUGGUAAAUAUUCCCCAAAAUUCAUAUAGUGUUGUAACUGGGCAGGAUGCCGCAAUCCCCUGCUCGGUAUCUGCUAGCCCCACUGCAUCAAUUAGCUGGAUCUUUAUCUCAACUUCCCAGUCUCAGACACAAAUUAGUGUCUCUACUACAAAGUACACGUUCAACCCAUCUUCCACUGAUGGUACUCUGAUUGUGAGAUCCACCACCAGCAGUGAUUCAGGCACGUACCGGUGCCAGGCAACCAAUAGUGUUGGGACAUCAUCAGAUGUAGCAACUCUCUCAGUUACUGGAAGUGCACCAUCAGUCAGUUUUGGAUCCCAGUCCUACACUGUGAUCACAGGAAAUAAUGUACAACUGUCCUGUUUUGUGAGUGCCACUCCAGCAGCUAGUGGUAUCUCUUGGACAUUCCAGUCAGCCUCUGGGGGUGGGUCCCUCACCAUCACCCCUUCAACUUCAGGAUACAGCAUUGUUACUUCAUCCUCUCUGACACAAUCCACAUUAACAGUUCUGUCUGCCCAGAGCAAUGAUGGAGGUACAUACACAUGUACAGCCACCAAUUCAGUGGGAACCAGAUCAGCCAGUGUUUCUCUCUCCGUCUCUGGAAGUCUACCAUCAGUGAAUAUUCCUCAGAAUUCUUACUCUGCAGUAACUGGGCAGGAUGUCACUAUUCCUUGCUCAGUAUCUGCUAACCCCACUGCAUCAAUUACCUGGACAUUUAUCUCAACUUCCCAGUCUCAGACACAAAUUAGCACCUCUACAUCCAAGUACACAUUCAACCCAUCCUCUACAAAUGGUAACCUAAUUGUGAGAUCCACCACCAGCACUGACUCCGGCACAUAUCGUUGCCAGGCAACCAAUGCUGUUGGAACAUCUUCAGAUGUGGCCACCCUCUCUGUUACUGGAAGUUUGCCAUCAGUGAAUAUUCCUCAGAAUUCUUACUCUGCAGUAACUGGGCAGGAUGUCACUAUUCCUUGCUCAGUAUCUGCCAGCCCCACUGCAACAAUAUUCUGGACUUUUAUCUCAACCUCUCAGUCUCAGACACAAAUUAGCACCUCUACAUCAAAGUACACAUUCAACCCAUCCUCUACAAAUGGUAAUCUAAUUGUGCGAUCAACCACCAGCAGUGACUCCGGCAGGUAUCGUUGUGGGGCAACCAAUGCUGUUGGAACAACAUCAGAUUCAGCCACACUCAGUGUCUCUGGCAGUGUACCAUCAGUUAGUUUUGGAUCCCAAUCCUACACUGUGAUCACAGGAAAUAAUGUACAGCUGUUGUGUUUUGUGAGUGCAACUCCAGCAGCUAGUGGUAUUACUUGGACAUUCCAGUCAGCCUCUGGGGGUGGGUCCCUCACCAUCACCCCCUCAACUUCAGGAUACAGCAUUGUUACUUCAUCCUCUCUGACACAAUCCACAUUAACAGUUCUGUCUGCCCAGAGCAAUGAUGGAGGUACAUACACAUGUACAGCCACCAAUUCAGUGGGAACCAGAUCAGCAAGUGUUUCUCUCUCUGUCUCUGGAAGUUUGCCAUCAGUGAAUAUUCCUCAGAAUUCUUACUCUGCAGUAACUGGGCAGGAUGUCACUAUUCCUUGCUCAGUAUCUGCCAGCCCCACUGCAACAAUAUUCUGGACUUUUAUCUCAACCUCUCAGUCUCAGACACAAAUUAGCACCUCUACAUCAAAGUACACAUUCAACCCAUCCUCUACAAAUGGUAAUCUAAUUGUGCGAUCAACCACCAGCAGUGACUCUGGCACAUAUCGUUGUGGGGCAACCAAUGCUGUUGGAACAACAUCAGAUUCAGCUACACUCAGUGUCUCUGGCAGUCUGCCCACUGUAACAAUCCCACAGACCACCUACAGUGCAGUCAUUGGCUCAAACCAGCAGAUUGUGUGUUUCGUGAAUGCCAAUCCCACAGCUAGCUCCAUUGAGUGGACAUUCCGCUCCUCCACAUCAGGAUCCACAAUCACUAUCACUUCCUCCACACCUGGUUACUCCAUAGUUACACCAUCCACAUCACAAUCCACAUUGACGGUCCAAGCCGUAGACAAUGGUGACGAGGGAACAUACUCAUGUAGAGCUACAAACCAAGUGGGACUGGGCUCAGAUUCAGCAUUUUUGGAUGUAACUGGAAACCUUCCCACUGUCAAUAUUCAACAAAACACUUACACAUCCAUCUCUGGCCAAGAUGUAUCCAUCUCCUGUGUUGUGUCAGCCAACCCUAGUGCCACCAUCUCUUGGAUAUUUAUUGCUACCAAUAAUGCCCAGACACAGAUUACCACCUCCACAGCUGAUUACUCAGUGACCACAUCAUCCACAGGAAGUAGCUUGGUGGUAAGGGCCACCAACAGUGGAGACUCAGGAACUUACCGUUGUACCGCCACUAACAGUAUUGGAACUGCCUCAGACUCUGCUACACUUACUGUAUCAGGAAGUAGACCAGUGGUAGACAUAACUCAGACUUCUUACACAGCCAUAACAGGAAGUAAUGUGGUGAUACCAUGCACUGUCUCAGCAUCUCCUGCCGCUACUUCUGUCCAGUGGAAAUUUACAUCAGGAAGUGGGUCAGAGGUCACCAUCAGUGCCUCCUCCUCCAAAUACACACUGUCAAACUCCUUGAAUUUCCCACAACUGACCAUUCUGUCAGUUAGUUCAACUGAUUCAGGAACCUAUCAGUGUAGUGCUACUAACAUAGUUGGCACAGCAUCUGAUACAGCUUCCCUAUCCGUGACAGGCAGCAGACCAGUUGUUUCUAUUUCCAGCAGCAAUUACAAUGUCGUAAUAGGCAACUCUGUCACAAUUCCCUGCACAAUUACUGCUUCCCCAAGUGCAACAUCGAUUUCCUGGUUCUUCACCUCAAAUUCUAAUAAUAGGAUACAAAUCACUACCUCUAGUGUUAAGUACACUGUAUCUACUGGGGGUAGUUAUUACAAUCUCACUGUGAACUCGGCUGCCAGUUCAGAUGCCGGAGUUUACGAGUGCAGAGCCACGAAUGUCAUAGACACAAGCACUGAUUCUGCCCGUCUUACUGUCUCAGGAAGUAUACCUGUUGUGUCUCUACCAACAACAAACUAUCAAAUUACCUAUGGGCAGAAUGUCACACUACGAUGCUCAAUAUCUGCAACUCCAAAUAUCUCUUCUGUCCAAUGGGAGAGGCUUGUAAAUGGUGUAUACCAAAGCAUACCUACUCCGUCAUCCAAGUAUUAUGGCAGCAGCAUCACAGACUAUGAUCUGACAAUUGUCAACCUUGUGUUCAACGAUACAGGGGUGUACCGCUGCACAGCCACAAACCAGGUCGGGCGUGGAGUCAGUCCAAACACUGCUAGUUUGCAGGUGCUAGGGGACAAACCCUCUGUUUUUGUACAGCAAAGCAGCUACUCAGCUGUAAUUGGAACAAAUGUCUCCCUAGCAUGCAUUGUUUCUGUGACCACCAAUGACCCUCCUGUACUUAAUGUUUACUGGAAGAAGACUACCCCAAGUGGUUCUGGCACUAUUGAUGUGUCAGGAUCUUCUAAAUACUCAGGCAGCACCAUUGAAUCUCCGAACUUAAUCAUUACAAACCUUGAUGUUCAUGAUAAUGGCAAUUACAGUUGCCUAGCAACCAAUGCUGCAGGCACUAGUGAAAGUGGCGUGACUAUUUUAACUAUCACAGGCAGUCAGCCCGCUCCAAACAUUCCCUUAGGAUCUUACUCAGUUUUAAUUGGGGAUGACAUACAGAUCCCAUGUUCUGUGACGGCAAAUCCCCCCGUCACUUCUGUAGAAUGGACAUUCAGAUCCAGCAGUGGGAGCACCAUAACCAUUUCACAGUCCAGCACCAAAUACACCUUGGCCAGUGGCACCUCUAACCCGAAUCUAACGGUUAAUUCAGCUGCCUUGACAGAUGCUGGCACUUACACCUGCAGAGCUACAAAUAUAGUUGGGCCAGGUGAAGAUUCCGCUACCUUAACCAUCACUGGAAUUAUUCCUAAUGUAACAAUACCAGACACAUCUUUAUCCAUACAAAAACGUCAAAACAUCACCAUCACAUGCGUAGUCACUGAGGCUCUGCCAAAAGAGACAUCUGUAUUAUGGGAAUUUAGGGCCAACCAAGGCGAUUCAGGAACAAUCAUAAGCACUGCUUCAAAUCCUACAAAAUAUCAAGGCGGCACUGUGGUAGUGCCGUCACUCACAAUUUUGUCGGUAGCAGCUUCCGACCAAGGUUAUUACACAUGUAUAGCAUCAAACAUAUUCGGCGAGGGGCGCAGCGAACAGGCUUUUUUAGAAGCCACUGGCAAUGCUGCCACAGUAACUGUCAAUCCUCCCAGUCAGUCUGUGCUACAAAAGAGCACAGCCUUCAUCACCUGCACAAUCACUAAUGCCAAUCCCGCUGUAACGGAGGUCACAUGGGAGAAAGUUAGCUCAGGCGUGACCACCUCCAUCACAGUGACGGGACGCUUCAAUGGUUCUACUCCAUCUGUCCCAGAUCUUACCAUCAGUGACCUUCAGCCAGGUGAUGCAGGGACAUACUACUGCUCAGCCAGGAAUGCAAUAGGAACAACCAGGAGUAACACAGGAAGUGUGCUUAUAGUCACAGGGGCUGUGCCAAGCAAUAUUCAGAUAGCAGGAUCAUCCAGCAGAAAUGUCAAUCUAGGAGGGGCCUUGACCUUGCAAUGUUCAGGUCAAGGUCAACCAAGCCCAACUUUUACGUGGAUUUUCAGUAGUAGUAGUUCUGGUAGUACAGUGGUUGGAACAGGAACUACAUACACAAUUACUAAUGCCCUGCGGACAAAUGGUGGAACAUACGUUUGUCGAGCAACUAAUUCCCUGGGAACAUUGGAUAGUCCAGGGGUUAAUGUCAAUGUCCAGUAUGCUCCUGUUGAUGUCAGAGGGGAAGCAGAGAAGACAGUGACUGCUACUGUAAAUUCCCAGGUCACCUUGACCUGCUCUGUGGAUGCCAAUCCAACAGCCACUUACCAGUGGUACCGUAACUCACAGCUGGUGGGUUCUCAGCAACAGUAUACCUUUAGCUACGGUGGAACCAACUCCCAAGGAGAUUACACGUGUAGAGCCACCAACAGUAUAGGAUCUCGGGAUCUUCUGUUCACUGUGUCUCAGGCUGUUGGCAACACUGGGGCCUCUACAGUCAGUUCGGGGCUCUCCACGGGAGAAAUUGCAGCAAUCAUCCUGGCCUUACUUCUCCUACUUCUGCUUAUCAUUAUUAUCAUUAUCUGCUGUCUGACACAUGGUGUUUGUGGGGCUAUCUGUGGCAAGAAACAAGAAGUCAAAGGUCGUGUGGAACCAGUUGUGGAGAAGGAGGUGUAUAAGGAAACACAGAAGGAGGUCAUUAUUCCACGCUUCCAUGAGGAGUCCAUCAAAGGCAAAAGUUACAGGGAGCCAGCAAGGGCAGGUUCUUAUCGGUCUUACCCUGCCCGAGCUAGCAAAUAUCGACAACCAUCCGCCGUAUCCAGGAAAGAUGUUGAUGUCAGAGUACAGAACGGUGGAUUCAGGAAGGAGAAUGAUUAUGAGAUCGUGCGUUAUGAGACUGUGCCUCCAGUAACUACUCAGCUUGUGACGGAGUCUCCUCGACCACACCGCCUACCUGCUCUCUCCUACACAUAUGAAGAUGUGGAGAAGAAACGCAAGAGGAGGAAGAAGAAGAAGCAUCACCGCAGGCGCCACCGUGAUGAAGGAGAGGAAGUGGUGGUUGAGACUAUGCGGUCUGCUAGCCCUGUUCGUUAUAUAGAAGAACCGGUGGAAGAAGUGGAGGUAGUGCGCUCGGCUAGCCCGACCCACUAUAUAACUGAGCCCAGCAGUGAAAUGGUGGUUGAACGAGUUAUACGAAGUCGCAGUGCUAGUCCUACUCGAAUAAUUCGCACCGAGGCAGAGGAACCAACGGUUGUUGAGCGGGUGAUCCGCAGUUCGAGUCCAAGUCGUCAUGUCUACCGACAAGAAGUUGAGGAACCAGUGAUCAUUGAGACCACGAGGAGCUCCAGAAGUCCUCGACGACACAGGCACCAGGAGGAUGAAGAAGUGAUAAUUCAACAACGCAGUCCAAGCACUAAGCGGAGAUAUGAGGAGAAUUACAUAACAGAUGAUCGGGAUAUCAUCCAGGAAGACGGAGAUCUCCGUGCAUACAAUGGAGUCGUGUAUCACGAGGCUCCCAGUCGCCAUGGCAGUGGGCGUUAUGCUGUACAGAGCAGUGAGAGGCGGAGUCGAAGCAGUCGUCGUCAUGGAUCUGAUGAUGAUGUAGAAGUGGUUUAUGGGAAGGAAUAUGUUGUUGAACGUUAACUAGGUCUUAUAUGAAUUAAUAUUAGGAUUUUACAAUUAUUUUUAUCAGAGAUUUAUGUAGAAUGGGUCGGUUUUUGAGAUGUAAAUGGAUGUGAUUUUUGUAAUUUGAUAGCUCCUCUAGUAUUUUUUUUUUCUAGCAUCAAAAAGAAAAACUUGUAUUAAUUCGGUGUGAAUAGAUUUUUUUAUCCUUUAAAUAUCAUGCAAAGAAAACCAAAGUUGAAAGAUGAGUAUUAUUCUAUGUAUGAUGUUGUUUAAUGUCCAUGUUAGUAUAAUCAAGAAGCAAAGAAAAUUUUCAGAAGUGCUACUAACUAACCAUGUGUCCAUUUGUUACAAAGUGCCUACACUCCUGUGUAUUACAUUCCAGGAAGUUUGCAUAAGAAUCUAGUUUCUUUAAACUUGUAUUUGAGAGAAAUCACAUUUUAUGGGACAAAGCAUAUUAAGAAAAUGCUCAGUUUAAGUUAUCAUUAGUUUACAGUAACAUUCCAGCUAUUCUGAUUGGUUUAUCAGGGUACAUGUUUUUAUGUUUACCCUUCUGAUGUGAGUUGUGUAUUAUAUCUAAUGGCUUUUAUAAAUUUUAAUGCACUGUGAUAUUACCAGCAUAAUUUUUUAUGAGGGAUACUCGUGAAGUGGCAUAAUAUUAUACUUUUAUCAUGGAUUGGUAAAUAUAUUGUUUGAUUGUAUAUUUUUCUGUGUUUUAGAGCAUUUUUAUUUUUUUUUUUUCUUUUUACCACAUACUCCAGUUUUUUGUUUUUGUUUUUUUUUUUUUUCAAAAAUUCCGUCCUCGUUUUUCACAUUUAUAUUUGUAUAAGUUUAUACCAAAUAUGGAUUUGACAUAAUGGUCCAUUUUAUGUUUGUAAUAUUAAUAUAUGAAUAUUGUAUACUUGUACAAGAGCCUCAACACAUCUGUAAUUUUCUUGUCAUUAGAUGAACGUAGAGAUAUUUUCACUAACAUAUUUUACACAAUCAAAAUUUCAUCAUUAUUCUAUCAAAUGUGAUAACAUGACAACUAAUUUUUUGUUCCAGCAAGAUUUUUCAGCUAUUUAUUUAAUAACUGUAUUUAUAAUUGUUGUAUAUAACUGAAUAAUUUAUGUAUUGUAUAAUCUCCCUCCUUGUAUAUAUACAGUAACAUGACAAUGAAAACUGUGAUAUUUUUGUAUUAGAUUGAUUGGGAGGUGCUACUUUGCUACGAUGUGAUUGGUCAGAAUUUACAGAUACUUUGCAAUGAUUGGUCCACAACUGAUAAAUAUUUUAUAUCAUAGGAAUGGUGAUUUGAAUUUGGAUGAAAUAAAUUUAUGGGAAAUUGAAUAAUAUUUUAAUUGUCAUAUUGUGUCUUCAAGCAGAUGUUUCAAGCUGCUUAUUAAGUUUACUGAAUUGUAUUGACUCUUUACUUUUAGUACUUAAUUCAUAUGGUGUAUUUUUUUAUCAUUUUAAUGCAAAUCAGUUCUUAAAAAUUUAUCAAAUUCAUUCAAUAUGCAAGUCAGAAAUAUUUAGAAUUGUAUCUUU